UCUUUUUCUGCUUCAUAAAUAUCUUCACCUCGCACUUGUUUCACCCACAAACCUUGUCUUUAUACCGGACACAUUCUUAUACCACUUCUUUCAGCUGGUAUCGAAGAAACUUGUUAUAUGUGAAUUCACUGUAUCCAUUGUAUUAUAGACAUCGCAGUGGUAAUGGCCACAACUUUUACUUUUCAAAACUGAAAAUUUAUUAUCAUUUUUUGUGUAUUUUAUCAUUAGAACAGUGUAAUGGAUUCAUUGAAAAGAAACAUUUUAGUGAAUUGCUUUAAUUUUUAAACUGAAAAUAUAUCUUUUAAAAAUCUAUUUGUUACCAAUGCAAAACAACUCUAAUGAAUAGAGAAAAUCCCAUCAUACGUGUCACUUUGUUUUAAAUAUAACUUUGCAAUAUUAUGGAUAUAAUUGCACACAUUUCUUAUGUGAUUUUUGUUUUGAAUGUAUUGACUCAUUUCAUUUCCAUACAACAAACAAAUGCUGCCAAAGAUGAAAGAGGUCCUGAUCAAGGCAAUUAUUUGGGAAGAUUCAAUUCCUACCAUCAUCAAGUAUCUGGCGAAGUAUAUGCUGUAAAUGAAUAUACAUUCCUUUUGACUGAUUUUACAUACGAUGGCAACGGUGCAGAUACAUUUUUCUGGGCUGGUGCUUCCAAUAACCCUGGGCCACAAGGUUUUAUAGUUCCUGAUGAAUAUGGUAGAACGAAUAUUCUCGAUCGUUAUCAUAAUAAGGAAUUCACACUCACUCUGCCAGAUAAGAAAAAAAUUACUGAAAUUAAAUGGUUGGCUAUUUAUGAUUUGAAUAAUCAAAAUAACUUUGGUGACGUUUAUAUUCCGGAAAAUUUUGCACCUCCUCGACCUCAGAGAGCUACAGCUCUUUCAAGACGGAAUCACAAUGUUAGUAGUGAUCCGAUUGAGAUUUUGAAUUCGAAAACAAUAAAGAUACCGAAUUUAACUUAUGAUGGCUUAGGGAAGAAAACCUUCUUUUGGGCUGGAGUUGGAGCGCAACCUUCUGUUCGAGGUCAUAAAAUUCCAGACGAGUUGGGUUAUCUUGAUCCUAUUCGAGCUUACAAUGGAGAAACAAUAACUCUGGAACUUCCUGGUGAAAUGACUGUCUUCGAAAUCGAUUGGAUAAGUAUAUACGAUCUCGAGGACAGUGAGAAUUAUGGUUCUGUCUUAAUUGAUGAUGAAUUGAAUGUGCCUCCAUCUUUGGUCCAAGUGAUACCUUACACAGAUACAUUGCCAAAUUGUAGACAGCUUCAUAAAGACUUACAAAUUGCUUGGGAAGUCUUUGGACCACAAAUUACAUUUAAAUUAUCUGGAAUGGUUGGCAAGGACGAUUAUAUGUCCUUUGGACAAUCCGGUUCGGAUUAUUCAAGUCAGAUGAAUGGAGCUGAUGUGGUUGUGGCUUAUAUUGAUGAUAUUCGAGGACAUGCUGUCGAUUAUAACAUAACUUCUUUAGCCCCUUGUGUGCAAGUCUUAGGUCAAAAUAAAGGAGUUUGUCGAGAUGAUGUUGUUGGUGGAUUGGACAGUUUUCAACUUAACACUUAUAGUCGAGUAGAUGGAGUGAAUACAAUCACUUAUAGGAGGACACUCAUCUCAUCAGAUCCUGGGGAUAGAGAAAUUUAUUUAAACAGAUCAAAUUAUGUUAUUUGGGCAAUGGGACAUUUGGAUUCGAAUUAUGAACCAGCUUUUCAUAAUUUCUAUCCUAAAACUGAUGUUGUAAUGGAAUUUAAUACAGCUGAACCAGUUAAUGAUUGUUUUAGUUUUACUAGAAGAGAGCCAAAUAAAAUUGAAGUUUGGGAUCAGGCAAAGAUAUUCGACAGAUCUGUGAGGACAUUUAAUGCUGUUUUAGGUCCAGCAGGUGGAUCAAAGGGAUAUGAAGGAUUGACUGGACAUGUGUCAAAUGGAAUGGCGUGGUAUAUAAAUGGAUUCUUAAUCCCUGAAUUGUAUUUAAGACGAGGUCUAACAUAUUCAUUCAAAGUAAGAGGUGGUAAUAAUCCACAUUCUCCAGAAUACUAUCAUCCAAUGGUAAUAACAGAUGAACCAAGAGGAGGUUUUGAUAGAUUAUCCGAAGCAAGACAGAGUGAAAUUCGUGUUUUGGCAGGAGUUGAGUUUACAAGAAGAGGUCGACCAAAGCCAACAGCAGCUGGACCACUUUGUAUUGGCAAAUAUCCACCCAACUAUGAUCGUCGACUUGAUGAUAAUUUUUUGACUUUUAAAAAAUUCAAUAGAUCUCUUAUAUAUGAAUGCAGUGAAGGUGAGCCUGGAAUUUUAGAAAUUACACCGAAUAUAACUUGGCCAGAUGUUGUGUAUUAUAAUAGUUUUACACAUGCCAAUAUGGGAUGGAAGAUUCACAUAGUUGAUAAUUAUGUUAGAAGUGGUGGUCAAGUUUUUGAGUUUUGUAUUGAAUUAAUGGUAAUGCUGCAAGUGGCAAUAUUUGUUUGUAAUUAUGUAUCUCGUCGAAAUGUGUGAAUAUAUAGGUUUUCUUGUGUGCAACUCAAUGUAACAGUUCACUGCCUUAUAUAAAUUAUCAAUAAUUUUAUGAAUUUAACUUUAAGAGACAACAAAAAAAAGUCAAAAAAUACUGAAUGAAUUUUAUAUUAUGUAAUAAUAUUUUGAAU